GUUUGCCGGCCAGCAAAAGACGACAAUUCCAAAUCCAAAUCAGUAGCAAAGUACAACAGCUACCGUAUUGGUCGGGGUUGUACUUCGAAAAUACUGCCAAGAUGGUUCUUACGAAAGUUUCAACGUUGUCUGUGAUAGUGAUUCUAGCCGCAGCAUUCUGCAAUGGGGCUCCACAUUUUCGGAUUUUGGAAAACUCUCCGGAAAAUAUUGCCCGCUUGCAAAACCUUAAGCCCGGUGAGCUCGCGGAAGAACUGAGUGGUCAGUUUGAAGGGGACAUGAUCCUCACCGAAGAGCAGACCAGGGAUAUCAAUCGCCGAAAUGGAAUGCUCAACGAGAGUUACCGAUGGCCGAUGAACACCGUUUUCUACGAAAUCGAUGACACGUACUUCAGCAGGGCACAAGUUCGCUACAUCUUGCACGGAAUGACUUUGAUUGAACGGGCCACCUGCAUCCGGUUCCGGCAACGCGAGCCCGAAAAUACCGACUACAUCCGAAUCCAUGGUUCGGGAUCGGGAUGUUCGGCUAACGUUGGUCACAUCGGCGGACGUCAGAGCAUUAAUCUGCAGCCGUACGAACUAGGUACCGGGUGCUUCCGGAUUGGAACGAUCGUGCACGAAAUAAUCCACGGACUGGGCUUCAUGCACAUGCAGAGCACCUACAACCGGGACGAGUACGUGGAAAUUGUUUGGGAAAAUAUUCAACCCGGUACGGAAAACAAUUUCCGAAUGUACGACUCGGACAGAGUGAGCAACUUCGGUACGGAUUAUGACUAUGGAAGCGUGAUGCACUACAGCGCAACGGCGUUCAGCAUCAACGGAGAGAAGACUAUCGUUGCCCUGCAGGAAACCGAUGAAGUAAUGGGCCAACGUUUGGCAAUGAGUGAAAGAGACAUUUUGAAGAUCAACAGAAUGUAUAACUGUGUUCCGCAAAAAUGAAACAUAAAAUUAAAUGAGCAUUAAAAUAAUGGAUAAUGUUGAUUUCUUCAAAUCCU